AAAAUGGCGGUGGACAAGAAGCGAGAGCAGAAAACACUAGGGUUGAAAUAUGCCCUGAUAAAACUACUAUAAACCGGUCUUAACACACAUGGCAUGGUCAAAUAAGAAGAUCAAACUCUAAAAUGCUGAGAGCUCUACAAGAAGCUGAGAAAUCACCUGAUAAAGGUUUUAAAGGACUUCCAAAGUUUGGGGAAUCCGAAGAAAUGUCUGACAUAGAAGAAGAAGAAGGAAAAGAACGAGAAGAGGAGAAGGAGGAAGAUGAGGUGGUGCUACUUGAAGAUACCAGUGAUAAUAACUCUAAACAAGGAGGAACUAAAGUAUGUCUGUCAAGCCAAGUCAAAGAAGCUCAUGAGUAUGCUUGCAGAGACUUUAAAAUCCCAAAGAAAUCAUCUCAGAAUGAUGGCCAUAGUAACCUUAAGUCAUCCAGCAUGAGCCAAAAAAAAGAGGAUUCUUUUACCUCGAAAUUUAAUUGCAAAACUACGAAAAGCCAUUGGGAUCUUGAAUCUUCCUUUGGUGAACAAUUGAAAACUAUGAUGACAAGAAACUCCAAUUUGAAAAAUAAGAGCGGCAAAUUAAGAAAUAUUAGACAGAUGGUGCAAAGACAAGAUGGGAUCCAAAAUGUAUCAGCAAGAAGAAAAAGUGGAAACACUAGUUGUUUACCACUUCAUAAAGAAGCUUCUGUCACAGAUAAAAAUAAAAGGAUAAAUGAUGGGCCGUUCAGCGAGGAGAUAAACCAGAUCAUGCAUAGGGAUAAGCAAAGUAUUGGUCAUAAAAAUGUUGAGGAAACGAACUUAACGAAUUCACCUCAAGAAAGAGAUUUUCCGCCAAGUAAACUAAUCAGUUUCCCUUCUGCUGCCGCAACACCACGGAAUUCUAUACAUGAACACUCUACCUCUGAAGAUGAAAAGGAUAAAUCAAAUUCUAAAUCUUUUUAUGGGUCAGAAAGAAGACCCAAGGUGGUAAAAACUUACGGCAAUAAAAAAAGCUGCACAAUAAUGAAUGAAAUUAGACAGAGGACAGAAAAUAAUCGAAAAAUCAGUGUAUCUACGAGUGAUGUUGAUGAGUCAGAGUCACCAGUUAAAAACACCAAGAAACGAAAGAUAACUAAUAAAAAGAAUAUAAAGAAAAAUGAAAAGAAUGAAAAUUCAAAUAUUGGGAAACAAAGAAAGAAGCAUAAAGCUGAACCAGAUUUUUUGUUGAUAUCAUCAAGUGAUGAGGAGGACAAUCGUAGUGGACUUGGAGAUGGAAACAUAAGUGGAACAGAAUCAACUAUGCCAAAAACCAAACCAGAAAGUGAUUCCACACCUGUAAAACCAGUAGCAGAAAAUAGCAUAACGACAGUAAAAAAGCAAUCUUCUGGUGUAUGUAAAACGACAGGAGCUGUUGAUGAUCCAUAUGAACGGGAUAGCUUUACUACUGAGAUCAUGCUGGGACCUAAAGUCAUGAUAGGGAAGCUGAAGGGCUCUGCUAAUGGAGCCCUUGAGAUUACAGCACAACAACUAAAGUGGAAGAUGGAAUGCUUGGACAAUAAUAAUAGGCCUGUAGAAAAAGUGGUUCUCAUUCUUGCCGACUACAUUAAUUCAUUCAAGAUCCAUGUAGAUGACCCCAAGAUCAUAGUAUUGGAGGUGAAUCAGUGUUGUGCUUUGAAGCUACAGGGAAAGUUCAGCGGAUUUGGUAAAUUCUUUGAUCCAUGCAGUGCAGUGGUAGAAGAAACAUAUAUUGUACUUCAAGUAGAUGAUGUACUAUCAGCUGAGACCCUUGCAGAUAUUACAGAAUGGGUUCAAGACAGACUUUGCAAGGAAUUCAAAGAGUUAAGUGAUGAAGAAACAGAGAAAUUGAGUAAAUGGUUAAAUUCUUCAUCUAAUUCAACAUCAAAAAGUGUUGCUGCCAAGCAGAAUUCCCACUACAACACCAGAUCAAGUGCUAUCAAGUUAACAGCAAGAACCACUGUUACUCCAACCAAAAUGAUAAUCUACCCUUUCCCUCCCACCCCUGGUGGAAUAACUGUCACGUCUGCCGACGUGGAGUGUCUGGCGGAAGGAGAGUUUCUUAAUGACGUCAUCAUUGACUUUUAUCUGAAGUAUAUUUAUCAUGGCAUACUCAGUGAUGGUGACAAGAACAGAACUCAUAUAUUUAGUUCAUUUUUCUACAAGAGAUUGACCCAGAAAAGCAAUAACGAAUUCUUUCAAAGUCCUCAAGAUCGCAUGCACAGCCAAGUAAAAAAAUGGACCAGAAAUGUUGAUAUAUUCAGCAAGGACUUUAUAAUUGUUCCAAUCAAUGAGAGCUCUCACUGGUAUCUGGCAAUCAUUUGCUUUCCCAACCUAGUUGAGCCUAUAAUAGAGGAAAGUAGCUCACAAGAACAACCUGAGGUAGACGUGAUUGAAGACUCUGAAGACUUCAAAAAAGAAAAAGCUAAAGUCAAAGUCAGCGUGGAUGAAAAAAGCGAGACUGCUGAUGAUGAUGAAGACGAUGCUGAUUUUGAGACAAGCGCACUUGCUGUAGGUGCAAAAAAGGGAACUCCUUCCAAAAAACCAGUGAAAAAGAUCAAGCCAGUCUUGAAAGCUAACCCAUGCAUUUUAAUCUUUGAUUCACUUGCUAAUACUGGACGAUCCAGAGUUUUUAUGAACCUUAGAAAUUAUUUAUCUCGCGAGUGGAAAGCAAAGAGGCCAGAUAAAUUAGACCGAGAUUUCACACAGCAGUCAUUCAAAGGAGCAUUUCCCAAGGUACCAGAACAAGAUAAUCAUUGUGAUUGCGGCAUAUUUGUUCUACAGUAUGUAGAAAGCUUCUUCGAGGAUCCUAUUCAGGAUUACAGACUACCUAUCCACAAGACCAGCUGGUUCACGCACAAUGGCAUAUCAGGUAAACGCCAGGAGAUCAAAGACCUUAUCUUACGUUUAAAAGAAAAGUUUAAAUCCCCUUCAAGCUGAUUUUCGUAGCCGAUGAUGAUACCAAGAGAACAAG